AGGGAAAAAUAAAAUGUUUGCUCUGCAUGUGCGAUUUUGUAACUAUUAUGGCCAAAGAAGUUGGGUGAAGACUAUAGAAAAAUAUUGUUCUAAACAAGAUUUUCUUUCAAAACACCCGGAUUGUAUGGUAAGUCUUAUUAAAAAUUGUAACUACUUUACAUUUUAAUUAAUGUUUAAAUAUACUUUUUUUCGUCAUUCAGUAAAUCAACCUGGGAUGUACCUAUGUAAGUUUAAUUAGGUCUAUUUAUAUUUUUAACAUUUUUGAUGAUCAGAGUGGAAUUUCUUUCUUAUAAGGCAUUGGUAUAUUGAUUAUAUAAAUAUAAUUGACAUAUGUUAUUAAAACCUACUCUUCAUUGUAUCUCAAAAUAUUUAAACAUUAAUUUAGUGAAUGUUUGUAGGUUUCUUUAAAGAAAAGUAAAAAAGAAAUGAUUUCUUGGCAUGCCGCUGUGGAAGAAGCUGACCGUUUGAUGACCCUCAAUAGGUAAUAUUAUUCUAUAA